AUGCAGAGAUCUCUAUCAUCCCGCAACUCUCAUCUCCUCGACUCGUUCAAGCCAUCGAAGGUUGAAAGCCCUUGCUCCUCAGUCGUCGACAUCGCGGCAUUCUUCAGGAAAGGCACUUCGGGGGGGAGCUUCAAGGGGGCGCUUGAAGCUCUCGCAAACCUCUCGCUCACGGACACCAACGACCAGGAGCAAGGCAUCUUCGAGCUGGACACCAGUCUCAACAAGAGCCUCGCUCCCAGCCGAUAUGAGCGAGUGCAUCUGGAGUCGAGCUAUGAGGAGGGCGGAGAGGAGCGGUACGUGAGGCGAGGGCGAUGGGAGGGCGUACGGGGGGAGUACAAUCGCAGCAUAGCGAUGUCAGCGAUGGAGUAA